AUGAACUUGAACAAUGUUAGUAAUGAAGAGUUUGACUGCUAUUUCCUCAAUGAGGGCUUUACUGCCAAGGACCUUCUAGACCAAAAAAUUGACGAAGCCUCUUCUUCCAGUGAUAAGGAUGCCUUCUCUGUUGCAGAUCUGGAAGACAUUCUGAAGAAACACCUGAAGUGGUUAAAAGCUCUUCCUUGGUAUUCCCCCUUUUAUUCAGUCAAAUGCAGUGACAGCAGAACCACAGUGAGAACUCCAGCUGUCAUCGGGAGAGGUCUUGACUAUGCCAGCAGGACUGAAAUACAAUUAGUGCAGAGUCUUGGGGUGCCUCCAGGGAGGAUUAUCUAUGCAAAUCCUUGUAAACAAGUGUUUCCGAUUAAAUAA